CUUAAAAACAAAACAAAACAAAACAAAACAAAAACCAACAGAGAAAAAAAAUGCCUUGAGAAUAAAGGUAAUGAUUAAUCUAUCAGGCACAAAAAGAAUCGUUUUGGGGAUUUCAGAUUCUAACUUGCUAAGUCAGAUAAACAGCCGUGGACAGGGGAUGACAAUUUCACCAGAAGAGGAUUAAGUCACGGGCUCUAAUUGGGACAGCGUUUGCACAGUCAGAGAACCUCACCAGACAUCUCCAGGAACCUGUGAGCAGUUGUCAAAACUUCCAUUUUCACGUGCGAGUGAAGUAGGGACCAGAAGAAGCGGGUACUGGUGGCGAGAGUGAUCCUUGGAGAAACCUCACGAUGCAGCCUGGGAAGGGAAGAAAGGGGAAAAGCUUCAAGCAAAGGCUGGUCUUGAAGAGCAGCUUAGCUAAAGAAACCAUCUCUGAGUUCUUGGGCACCUUCAUAAUGAUCGUCCUUGGCUGCGGCUCUGUCGCCCAGGCUAUCCUCAGUCGAGGACACUUUGGAGGAAUUGUCACUAUCAAUGUUGGAUUUGCCAUGGCAGUGGUAAUGGCCAUUUACGUGACGGGAGGUGUCUCUGGUGGCCACAUCAACCCAGCAGUGUCUUUUGCAAUGUGUCUCUUUGGACGAAUGAAAUGGUUCAAAUUUCCUUUUUAUGUGGGAGCUCAGUUCUUGGGAGCCUUUGCAGGAGCUGCAGUCCUCUUUGGCAUUUACUAUGAUGGACUUAUGGCCUUUGCCGGUGGAAAACUGCUCAUCGUGGGAGAAAAUGCAACAGCCCACAUUUUUGCAACGUACCCCGCUCCAUAUCUGUCUCUGACAAAUGCGUUUGCAGACCAGGUAGUGGCCACCAUGUUCCUCCUCAUGAUUGUCUUCGCCAUUUUUGACUCCAGAAACUUGGGAGUCCCCAAAGGACUAGAGCCCAUUGUCAUCGGCCUCCUGAUUAUUGCCAUUGCUUCUUCCUUGGGACUGAACAGUGGCUGUGCCAUGAACCCGGCUCGAGACCUGAGUCCCAGACUGUUCACUGCUUUGGCAGGAUGGGGGUUUGAGGUCUUCACAGCUGGAAAUAACUUCUGGUGGAUUCCGGUAGUGGGCCCUUUGGUUGGUGCUGUGAUUGGAGGCCUCAUCUAUGUUCUUGUCAUUGAAAUCCACCACCCGGAUCCUGACCCAGACUUCGAGACAGAACCAUCUGAGGACAAACCAGAUAAAUAUGAACUUAGUGUGAUAAUGUAGUCGUGUGCUCAGGUUGGGUUUACAAUGGGCUGCACUAGUAUUCUCAUCAGAAAAGAUGGCAUCCAGGUGUCUGUGUUUUCAUAAGAGUAGGAUGGAAUCCACCCAAUUUUCUCUGCUAGCCAUGUGAGGCGCAUAAUUGUAAACGCAUUCAAGUCAAAGUUGGCAAAUGCUGACCUCUUCUUCACCGGUUUCCCCCA